GGCGCGUUGACGCGGAUUCCUCUGAUUUCGGAUGGUCGUCGGGAUGCGAUCCGGGCAUCGGGACGCCGUCCGGACGGAUUUCAACGGUUGGCGAACCAUCAGGCUGCUCUGACGAUCACAGCCGCGUAUCUCUCCGUAUUUUUCUCACUCAGCUCGAGGAGAACACGGUUAAGUGAGGGGGAGGGGGGGACGGGGUUUCAGCGAUUCCACGUCAUAUAGGCAAGUAAGUUCCCGGGAGAAUCAGCGGUAUGACGACGAUACAGAGCUGCGGCGGCAGCUCUUCAAGGUGUGCGAGGCGCGCCUUCGUCUUCGUGUUCGCCUGGGGCCUGUUGAUGAUCGCGGCAGUGCAGUUCCGCCACCUGGAGAACAGGGCGCUACGCCAAGAUGGCGGUCCCACGGCCGAGGAGAGCGUCGGCGGCAACCUGGCAGAGGUCGAUGGCACUGGCGGCGAACGUGGCACGAGUGGAAUUGCCUCGGCAAAACUGGGUUUGUCCCGAUACCUUCUACAGAGAUCAUCGUUGGGCGGUGAUCUCUCCAACGGUGCCUUGCUGACUACCCUAACGACUCUGAGGAACCGCCUGGAAACAUCGACGAGAAACCCGCUUGAGCUGGAACCGUUGCUGGACAAACGACCUGUCAAGUCCGAGCAGCAGCUGAUCGAGGAGAUCGCCGAGAAGAUACCUAGCCUACCGCUGAGCGACUGGAUCAGGAACAGUAAAUUAACGAAGCGGGCCAACGAUAGCUGCGCGCGAUAUCCGCAGAUCUACGAUCUCGAGUUCAACAAUUUCUACUGGCAGACGCUACGAACUAAUAACGGCACGUUCCAAUUCUUCGGCGCGUUCUAUGAUAAUCGACGAUUGUCUAAGAUCGGGCCAGCAGUGAGAAUUGUUGGUAUGAUUGACCGUAUCGAGCCGACUGUCAAGACGUACUGCCAGCUGUGGUACGAAAAUGAGAGCGAACCCAGGAUCGUUGAGACCCUUGAAUAUAAGUAUAUCUGGUAUCCCAAGUGGGGCAAUUACAAGCAGGGUAUCUAUCAACCGUAUGUGAUAGCGUGCAGGGUGCCGCCGCAAGCCUCCGGCAGACCGCCGUCAUCCGUCUCCGUGGUCGAGAAGCGUUGCGACACGGCCACCAAUCAUCUCCGGGUGAUCUACAACAAACCCGAGCGCAAGAAGGACUUUGCCGUGUGCGUGAAGGGCCUGGACUUUUUGCACGAAGAUCUGUCGGUACGGUUAGUCGAGUGGAUCGAGCUCAUCAGUCUGCUGGGCGCCGACAAGAUCUACUUCUACGAGCUACAGGUGCACCCGAACGUGACCAAGGUGCUACAGCACUAUCAGCGGCUCGGUAUGGUACACGUGACCCCGUUGACCCUACCGGGUGGUCAGCCGAACGUGCCGGCCUUCCAGCACAUGUAUCUCACGAAAAAGACCAAUCACAAGCGGCAGAACGAGUUGAUACCGUACAACGAUUGUCUCUACAAGCAUAUGUACGAGUACGAGUACAUCGCGCUGCUGGACGUCGACGAGGUCAUCAUGCCCGUGAAGGACGCGACCUGGCAGGAACUGAUGCGCCGGGUGCUGCCCAAGGCCCUGCAGAUACGGAACGAGACCCGCGCCUCGUACAACGUGAGGAAUGUCUACUUCCUAGACGACCUACUGCACUCUCACGGUUACUUCAAGGACAUACCCAAGUAUAUGCAUAUGCUGCAGCACGUGUACCGCUCGAAGAACUUCACCAAGCCGAACCAGUACAUCAAGUGUUUCCACAAUCCGGAAAGGGUGGUCACCUUGCAUAAUCACUUCCCGCUUGCGUGCCUGGGCGCCGGUUGCACCAGCUACCCCAUCGAGACCGAGGACGCGCAGCUGCAGCACUAUCGUGCCGAUUGCGUGCGAUCGUUGAAGAAGACCUGCGUGGAAUACCGGGAGAAUAGCGUGAUAGAUACGACGAUAUGGCGUUAUAAGAACAAACUAAUCGGCAGAGUCACCGACACGCUGAAGACACUCGGUUUCUUCGGUUCGAGAUAGCGAUCGGAGAUCGAUCUCUCCUUCCCUUUUUUCUUUCACUUUCCUGUGAAGUUUUGAUCGAUCUCCGCGAAAGGGAGGUCUGGCUCGUGCUGCGCGGAACGAGGCGAAGAAAUUAAUCAGAGCGGGAGAUAAUUACCGGCGAAGCUUGAUCGUGGAGAUUUAAUCGAGGAGAUAAUCGAGAUCGGUGUAAUCGUUAAAGUGGACGCGUUUCUAGUGACAUCAUGUAAUAUCGUGUCUUGAUCGUUCAUAUAUACGUGUGAGAAGGAUCUGUUGAUAGCGCCAAGAGUGUGCAUAUCUUAUAUCCGGAACGACAAGAUACGCGAGCCUUACUAAAGAUGUAGAAUAUUCGGGGAACUCGUUAUGUUGGCUGAAAAAUAAUACCGCGUUCUCGUGAAAGAUAAACGUGAGGUUCACGUCGAGAUUGAAUUCUUGCUAUGGCUUUUUGUUGAAGUUGACGAAUCUAUCCAAAAACUGUCGAGGAUGAAUACGUAUUCCGGCAAAUCGUAAGCGAGCGCAAAAAACUAUUACACUCGAUUUUAUGCAUGAGUUUCAUCAAUACGGUAGUUUUCGGAUAUCCCGUUAAACCAGCAAAGUUAUUUCCAAACCGAAUGUAAUUCCGGCUCGAUUUGUAUCGAGCAAAUUUUCGUUCUACGCGACGAGCCGAUUACGUUCGCGAGAAAACUGCACAGUAUUCUUUUUCUUUUUUUGUGUAAAUAAUUUCUUCUAAGUCUCCUUUCUAUAUAUGCUCAAUAUAUAUAAUACGAAGUCUGCGAUCGAUAGCCAUAGCGAACAGCUGUAACAGAUCGGGGAACGUAUACAUACGGUUGUGCGUGACUUUAGAUUUGAUAAUAAAAUCAAAGGACGUGAAUUUGAAAAAUUAUACUCUCUUUAAUAAUGAGUAUAAAAAAGUACACUAAAAAAAUAUGAGAGAUAUAUAAAAAAAUACGUUUUAUUAUAUAUUACGUUACAUCAAAAUGUAAAUGCAAGUAUGAUAAAAUAUAUUGGUUUGUUAAUUCUCCUUUUAUUAUAUUAAUGCAAGUAUAGUAUGAUAAUAUAUAUAUAUAUAAUUUUUUUUCUUUUUUUAACGUAAUUAUCCUUUUAGGGAUGGUUGUUGAGAAAUGUAUUGUCAUACCGUUCCGACGACUGAAACGCUGUGAGGUGUAAACACUCGUAUUAAUUAAGGCUACUGUUAAUAAGUCUUCCGCAGCCGCGAAGCGAUCUAUUUUUCGUAGAUAGAAACCGGAAACUGUCUGAAUUAUAUUAUUGUACGCAUGAAAUAAAAAAAAUAAGUUGUAUGAUAAGCUAUAUUAGGUACAAAAAAAUAAUACAAUGGCCGCUGAUUACAUAUAUAAUAUUAUGUAUGUAAUUACAAAAUUUUAUUUUAUGUUUCGAUAUUUUUGAACAUUUUGCCUAUCUUUUUAUAUUUAGAUAUUUGCAUCUUGAUAUUUGCGCCGACGCUGUUAGAACAUUCGAAAUAUUCGUAACUUGUGCAAGUUUUAACUAAAUAUUUCAAAAUAGGGGUUGUAUAUUGAUCUUUAUCGACCGCUUCGCGAUUUUGGAGGACUUCUUUCUUUCCUUAUGGUAAACCUCGAUCGCUUUCUGCGCGAUGAGAAUCGAUCGCAUUUUACGACUCGACGCGUAAAGUAUCGCUCGUAAAAGCAAGAAGGCGAUUCACGUUGCACCAUGAGACACGGAUCGAUAUAAAGGGGACCAUUGUAGAUAAGAGUCAAUAAGAGUCGUAAGAGAGUUGGCGCGCAUGAGACGCGAUUAGCCUACACGUGAAAAUAAAAUCAUAUUGUACUCUUUCUGAAGCGAAUGUGUACGUCACCUUUUUCGAGCGUAAAGUAAAUGAAAAGUGGUUAGUGCCUUUCAAUUGAUAUGUGUUAUUAUAAUUUAAUUAUAAACAUGAGUCUUGUAUGCACUUUUUCGCUGCCGUAAUAUGAAGAUUAAACAUAAUAUUAUCGUAUGAUAAUACAAUCUUACAUAUACAUACAAGCGAACGUUUUUUCAGCGUUAAUGUUGACUAGAAAAAUGGUCAAGCGCGACUGUAAUAUUGAAAUAAAAUUAAAGCAAAUUAAUUGACUUAUGUCAAAAAAGGAGAACUACUCUUCAAAUUUUGAGAAAGUCAGACUGAAUUUUUAGCGUGACUAAUACGCGCUGUUUUACACGACGAAAAUCUCUCACUUGCUGUAAUAAUUCUUUGUACAUAUGUCUCCGAAAUAUGAAAGAUGAUUUAAAAA